AUGGUAAAUAAAUGUUCUUCAAAGUCAAGUUGUCGUAUUAGUCAGAAACGACAUCAUACCUUAUUACACUUAACAACGUCAACUUCAAACAUCACGCAGGUUCCGGAUCAAUCCAACACCAACGUCGUGGAUACGUCUACCCCUGGUUCUAGCAGUCAAGUACAAUUUUCUGGAACUUCACGAACAAACUCUAUGGUAGUACUUGGGACAGCGGUUGUCCGUGUUAAGGACAGUUGUGGUGUUUUACAUUCUGUAAGAGUUCUUUUGGACAGUGGUUCACAAAUUUCAGCCAUCACUAGUAGUUGUGUGUCACGCAUAGGUCUCGUCAAGCACAAGUGUUAUACCGAAAUUGUUGGUAUUGCACAAAAUCCUGUUGCAAAAAUAAAAGGCAUGACCAAUUGUCAAUUUAUUCCACACCAUAGUGCAAAGAAUACAUUUCAAUGUAGUGAUCUUUUCAUUUUACCUUUAAUAACAGACGUUAUGCCGAAAUUACAGUUACCACCAUACAUUCGAAAACAUUAUCAACAUCUACUGCUCGCUGAUCCGAACUUCGACGUCCCAGCGCAGAUAGACAUGUUACUUGGUGGUGACAUCUUUCCAAAUAUUGUUCAUCCACGCGCCGAUAUAAUUCAUUCUUCUGGCUAUCCAUCGGCAUUUGAUACCCUACUUGGCUGGGUGGUGUGCGGUGCUAUUUCAAAAUUCAAUCCUUCGUCAGCUGUUUCACUAGCUACAACCUUGACUCCGUCAGUUGAGAAUUUACUACUCAGUUUUUGGACUGUCGAAGAGCCCGCUGUGCCAGUGUCACCCACUACCGAGGAUCAGCUGUGCGAACACAUGUUUGUGACGACCACCUAUCGUGCUCCGUGUGGUCGGUUUUGUGUUACCCUUUCGUUUCGCCCUAAUGCCCCCGAGCUCGGAGAGUCAAGAGCUUUGGCCCUUAAACGUUUCUACAAUCUAGAACGUAAACUGAUGAAGGAGCCACAAUUAUACACAGCCUAUCGCAAAUUUAUGAACGACUAUCAAACACUUGGCCACAUGGAAGUUGCACGGCAAGCUGGAAAAUACUUCAUCCCUCAUCAUGCAGUAUUAAAGGCAGAUGGUGAUAUUUCAAAGCUCCGAGUAGUUUUUGACGCCUCAGCCAGGUCGUCUUCCGGUUUGUCGCUCAAUGACGUCCUAUAUACGAGUCCAAAGCUCCAGACAGACAUCAGAGACAUCCUUUUGACUACAUCGAUAUAUUUUCACCGCUGA